GUUAUUAAUUAAUUGAUGUGUCAUUUUGCGUUGGAGAUUUUAAUGGGAGCGAAUCGAUCGAGGUGGAAGUAGAAGGUGAUGGGGUAAGUACAUAGAGUAGUGUAAAUUAUGAAUUUCGGAUGUUAUUUAUUGUUUACGAAAUAUGUGGUAGUCAGUCAGUCGUCGUCGGGUGUAAGCGAGGUGCUCUUUAAGGAUACAUCGGCUUUAAAAUAACAGUUCUAUGUCCGUCUCUCUCUCUCUCUCUGGAGGAAAGUUGAGAAUCGGACGUAGCAAGCUACGAGGUACGUCGCUACGAACUUUUCGGGCUGCGCGCCUCACCGCACGAACGAUUUUGGGCGCAGCGGCAGGGGCCCCCAACGAGCGAGAUCCGCUUAAUGUAGGUACGUUGCGUUCGGCAAGGAUCGGGUGUCGUGGCCCCGCCAUCGGUGGGGGCCCAGGAUGCGCGCACGUCCUUGCUUGCAUCGGACCAUUGUUAUUUCAUGCGUCUCCGUCUGGUAGGAGCCGACGCCCCCCGACCGCGUACAUUGGACUCGGCCAGACCUGUUUUUCGUUCCAUCUCGAGCCACAACAUGGCGUGCACUGUUUGAAAAAGAGCGUUACGGAAGAUCCGUUUCCUCUCCGGUUUUGCGCCCUGGAUGCACGACGCGAGGACCUCGCCACGAACCACCGUACCGCCGCCGUUAGGUUUCGAUGUUUUGGCCGUUUCCACGACAGGCCAACACCACCAGAGCCCGCCUCCUCUCACACGCACCACGCGUUCCCCAGCCGUCCCCGCCGAACGGGAUCCCCGCAACCUCGCGCGCCACCGCCGCCUCCGCCAUAUUGUUGUGUGUGUGUGUGUGUGCGCGGUGUCUUUCAUCCUAACGACCGUAAAAAACAACCUCCAACCUUUCCUCCGGCUAUCGCCGCCGCAGCCGUCACCGUCCUCCACGUCUUCGUCGACAACGUCGUCUCCAUCGUCGCUGUCUCCACCUUCAACGUUAUUGUAGUUGUUGUUGUUCUUCUCUGUUCUUCAGUGCGAGAGUGCAUAUGUGUGUGCUUCAUAAAACAAACGACCAGUGCGGGAUACGCGACAACAACACGACCUACCAACAUUAACUUCAUCCUCCUCGAAAACACACACACAAAUACAUACCUAUACAGGCGCACACACAGGCAAACAUUAUUCCGUUUCUUCGUCGCCGCUUUUUCAUUUCUCACCGCAUACCUACUUCUUCGACAACCUUUUUUCCUGCCACCUUUAAUUUAUACUUUACACCAUACAAUCAUACGUACCACCAUCCAGGCCAAUUUCAAGCAAAUCGCAGUCUAGUGGUGUGUGCAAUAGCGAAAACGAAAAUUCCCCAAAAACGAGGAGCCAAAAGAAGCAGAAAAGUGCGCGAAUAAUCGAAGACGAAGACGUACACAUCCAUACCCACACACAAACACACGUAUAUAUAUAUAUACGAAACGGUAACGGAAAGAAAUACGAGGAAACAUACGAAAAAAAACGUGCUUCACGUGCGGCAGUGUGUGUGAAAGAGAGAGAGAGAGAUAGAUAGAGAAAAAAAAAACGGGGAUUUUGGAUUGCGCAAUUCAUUUUCUCCCGAAGGGAAGAGGAGAGAAAUAAAUAGAAUAAUAAUAAUAUUAUCAAACGUGGAACAGGACUUUUUAAACAAUACACCUAGAAAGUGGCUGUGCUUUUAUUUUCUAAACAAGAAGUUCGUAACCAGUGCCGAGCAAAUUUUCCGUUUCCCAUUCUGCAGAGAAGCAACGUUACAACAAUACACGACGCGUAUUUCGGAUACAGCAAUAUUUUGUUUGUUUGGAGGAGAUUUUACGAGGAAAGAAAAAACCAACCCGCGUGUGCUCUUGUGAGAAUACUUAGUAUAAUGUAAUGGAAACUGUCCAUUCAUUGAGAAUAGAACAUGGAACCGUGCAAAAUGCGAACAUGUCGUAUUCCCAGCGCCAGCCUCCAAAUCACAGGCCGAACCAUGCGCAGCAGACCGAACUCUAUAAGCCUUCGAGAUCGCCGAUUUCGAACGCCACCCGGUAUCCCUAUCCAGCGUCUCCCCAGCUGCAGCCGACGCCCACCCAGCAGAGGUAUUCCCAUUGUCCGCCGUUUCCAUUUAGAGAUAUCCGCCCAGCUCGGAUUUCCCUAUUGCACUCGGAGUAUCCCAGGUCCAGGGACCUGCAUCAAUCCCAACACCACAUCAUUGAACAGGGCCAGCAACCCUUCAAGAAGAUAAGGUUGCAGGAUAACAAAGAUAUCCAACCACUCAGGAUAGACACCAGGGAACAGCAGGGCAUAUACAAUCCUCAAGUUGAAGCAAUAUCACCAACAUUGCCCGAUCACGUCCAGCAGGAAGACCAGGCGUUCCGAACGACGAAGGACGAUUUGUUGCAGCAAAUCAGCAAAGUUGAUCGUGAGAUAGCCAAGGCUGAAUCGCAAAUCGGAAUACUGAAGAAAAAGCAGCAGGAAUUGGAGGAGGCAGCUUCGAAGCCGUCAGUGAAAAAGGAGGAGGAAGAAGUUUGCCAACCUAAACACCAGAGCCUCGCUCAGAAGAUAUAUGCAGAGAACCGACGGAGAGCGCAAAAUGCCCACGCAAAAUUGGACGUUUUGGGUGGAAAAGUUGAUUGGCCGAUUUACAAUCAGCCGAGUGACACGGCGGUCUAUCAAGAGAACAAGAGGCGGAAUAUCAGUUUUAAGAAAUAUCUGCUGGAAUAUUUCAAGAAACGGCACGUGGAGAAAGAUCAACGCAACACUUACCUCACCGACACAUAUAGUAAGUUAAUGCAGGAAUGGCUGAGGAAAGUAGAAAAGAUUGAAGGGAGCACGAAACGCAAAGUCAAAGAGGCAAAGAACCGAGACUUUUUCGAAAAAGUCUUUCCCGAACUCCGGAAGCAAAGAGAGGACAAGGAGAGGUUUAAUCGUGUGGGAGCUCGCAUUAAAUCCGAAGCAGAUCUAGAGGAAAUAAUGGACAAUCUCCAGGAACAGGCGCUGGAAGAUAAGAAAAUGAGGAGUUACGCCGUUAUCCCACCAAUUUUAUUGGAUUCCAAGGAACGAAAGAUAUCUUUUCAGAACAAUAAUGGUCACAUAGACGAUAUGGAGGCCGUUUACAAAUCCAGGCAAUUUAUGAACGUUUGGACGAGUGCGGAGAAGGAGGUCUUCAAGGAGAAGUACCUUCAGCAUCCGAAGAACUUCGGUGUGAUUGCGUCGUAUUUGGACAGGAAGUCUGUCUCCGACUGUGUUCAAUAUUAUUACCUCAGUAAAAAAACAGAGAACUAUAAGCAGCUGUUGAGGAAGUCGCGGCAGAGGACACGCAGCUCGCGAAACAACCCUCAAAAGGUUAAUAGCAGCGCGAACACCUCUGUCGUCGACAUCCUCACUACAGGUGUUACGACUAGGUUGCAAAGGGAGCAGCAGCAGAAAACUGUUAGCAGUCAGCAGCAGCAGCAACGUAACGCAGCGGCGGCUGCUGCUGCAGCUGCUGCCGCUUCUCAGCAAGAUCAACCUCAAGAACCGCCCAAAACCACGACAACUGUGGUCACUACUGCCACUACCACAACAACAUCUACUACCCCCUCGACUCCGAUCACGAACACCUCAUCGACAUUGGUUUCGACUUCGGUUGCCGCCAUCGCAGCCUCCUCCGUCGCAGCUAUUGUCACAACGACGACGACGUCUAUCGCUAAUUCCAACCCGCAGGUACCGAAAUCUCCGGCCGAAACCUCAGAAAACAAAGACAAUUCCACCAUCGUGGAAAUCAAAACGGAGAUCAAGCUUGAAGCGGUCUCCUCGAACAAUGACGACAGUGGCGCCCUUAACGCCGGCUCCGACACGAACCUCAAAAAGGACCCUGCAGAACCGGCGGACAACCCUUUAAGUGAUCAGACAACGACGGUCGUGGAGAACAAAAAGAAGAAGGAGAGGAGAAAAGAUAAAGAAAAUGUCUUGAUGGAGACCACCGAUGAUGAAGCCAACGAUGUUCAAGAUAAAUCAGCGCAAGGUCAGUGCUUGGUAUGCGGAGCGCAGUUGGGUCCGCAGUUGCAUUCACGCCCAUUGGCACCGAGUCAGGCGGCUCAGUACGGCCUGCAGGAGGAGCAAGUGCCACCAAAUGGGCGUGUCUGCAAUACGUGCAGAUGCAAAUGCGUGCGAUCUCGAUUCACGCACUGUCCACUUCCGGCUUGUCCUAACGCCAGGGGGCGUGGCAAGCGACUUCGGUCGUUUCCGCAAAGGCUACAGGAAUUGCCGGCGGACGUCCGGGAGCCGAUCCUAGCCGAGUUCCACGUGCCUAGCGGUGUGACGAAGUGCUGCUCGGCCUGUUUCAACCGAAUCCAGAGACGACUUGGACCGGUUGAAGAAUGGGCCGAAGAGGAAAUAGUCAAUCUACGAUCUGCUCUGACCGAAUUGGGAGCGAAUUGGCAGACGAUCGGUGAACGCGUCAGCAAACCGGCUCACGUUGUGAGAAGCUAUUACGCGGCAAAUAGGAAGCGUCUAAAUUUGGAAUCAUGUUUAGGUGAUCGGAAGCCGACUCUCACCGAUGAAGAAGAGAGCGGUAGUAGCACGAGUAGCUGUGAAGAGCCGAUGAGAGAGCGACAUUCCAGCGAUACGGCGAGCGCUGAGAGUCCGCCAGUUAUUCAAGAGCAACCUCAGAACACCGGCAAAAAAGAGGAUUACGACUCUUCAGCAACUGAAACAGCUGACGAGGGACAAACGCCCGAUCAUUACCAGGGCUCUGCGACGAUUACUCCUGUUAAUACCGAUGGUCAACCUAGACAGAACACGAGUCCUCUGACGGUCAAAGAUUUGAUGUUAAACGUCAUAGAGAUUUCUUUAAAGAAGGCACCCGGUGGUCAACGAAACACGUAUCCACCGACAAGCGGAACGGCACCUACAAUCUCCUCCAUACUAAACUCAAACGAUUCGAACGAGGUGACCAUCGUCAGCGAGUAUAAUCUAAACGCUGCGCCCCGUCAGUUGCCCAAUAAUGACCUGAACAUUGCCAAACUCGGACCUCUGAUUGGCGCCACCAUAACGCCGGUGCCGGUCGCCCAGCAACCCGAGAUCGUGCAGCCACCGCCGCAGCAGCAGGAUCUGGUUGUCAUGCAGGUUGAUGGUCCAGAGAAUGUCACCCUUGAUUUGAGUCUGAAGAAACGGCGAGAUCUAUUGCCGCCGCCUGCCCAUCUGAAGCAGACCCAAUAUCACUACCAUACUGAGCGAAAGCCGUCAGCCGUUUACGUUUCCUCUGUACCGCGACUGCCCAAUAAAAUGCCCAGUCCGAAACUCGCCAAUCCGAAGACUGGUUCAAUAACUUUGGGCACUCCGAUUGUCAACCAAACAAGAUACGAAGCACUGCUGCGACCAGAACUACCGAAGAUGGGCUCAAUAACGCAAGGAACUCCCAUCCAUGUGCCACCUUCGAGGCCCGACAAAAGGUUUGAGUGUUACAAGCGUCCGCCCUUGCCGCAGAUCACGCCUCCGCAGCAUCCGCAGCAAAGCAACUACGCGUACGGUCGCACCCAGCAGAGUUUCGAGCAAAGAAGACAAAUCAUCAACUACGAUUACUUAACGUCGCAACAAAUGCACGGAAGACAAAAUGAGAAGCCUCAAUAUUACGGAGGCAGCCCUCACAGAACACCUCCACCUCCACCGCCGCAGCAGCAACAGCAGCACGCGCCGCCCCAGCAAAGACAAGGGGUCAUUCAGAGAAAUACGAGACCUCACUAUCCGCCUCCUGGUCACGAGGCCCUAAACUCUCUGGUGGAUGUCGCCGUGCAACAACCCAGUUUACCUGUACCUAGUGCACACGAAGGCCUUGGGAAGACGAUUGCUGACAAUUUUGUGGAACCACGGCGAUACCAAUACUUGCAGCAGCAGCAACAGCAGCAACAACACCAGCAGCAAUACAGGGCGAUGCAGCAGCAGCAUCAGCAUCAAAAAAUGGAGACCGAGCAUCAUCGACGUGCUUACCAACAGCAGCAGUUGCAGCAGCACCAACAACAGGCGCAGCACCAACAGCAGCAGCACCAACAGCAGCAGCACCAACAGCAGCAGCACCAACAACAGCAGCAGCAGCAACAGCAUCAACACCAGCAGCAGCAAGUACGACAGGCAGGUCCGCGAAGCGAUUCUAGCACGCUUACAGCUGCAAGUUUGAUCGAUGCAAUUAUAACGCAUCAAAUCAAUCAGCCUGCCGAAGGUGGUCGUGGAGAGGUUGUUCAGAACAAUCGAGAGCCUCAGAGGGCUAGCGACAUACUGUUUCAAUCGUUCCACAGAGAGCAGCCGAACGACGGCAACGGCGAGAUGUCCCCGUCCAUCAUACAGGUGGACCUGGAGGACGGCAGCAAGAAUUUAACGGUGAAGGAACUAGCAGAUACAGUGAUCAGCCACGACUUUGGUACGCGCAACUACUACCCUUUGCAGGAGCACCCCGACUGGAAGCGAAGAUACUCCGCCCAGCAGAAGAAAGAUCUGGAGAGAUCUUCGACGCCUCAGGAUGAACGACAGAUAAUUAGGAUUGCUCAGCCGCAACAGAAGUAUCACGUGGAACCUGUGAGUCCACCGGAGAACCAUUGGCCGAGCAACGAGGCGCACUUCCGAAGGUACCACCCGCAACAAUCGCUACCUUCACACAUAAGUCCUUUGGACUACGUCAAGAAUAAAAUUGAAGAGGCGAUGCGCAUCGAGGAUGGAAAAAAGGAGCAGGAGGACAAUUCGAGCAAGGAUCAUCGUAGUGACAGUCCUGGAGAAAUGGUGAUCGACGAGGAGAAGCAUGAAGAAUUCCAAGUGAACUACUCUUUCACCCCAUACGUCCAAGGAGGUAGUAAAGACGGUCCACAGCAACAGCAGCAGCAACAACAACAACAGCAGCAGCAGCAGCAACCAACCAACGAGCCCAAACCACUUCUGAGCGCCCAGUAUGAAUCCCUUUCUGACGAGGACUAGCAUAGGAUUUUCCUAGCCUCGAGGCUAAAAGACAAUUUAAUCUGUGUAAAUAAUAUAAAAGGAACUUCAGUUUUUAAGUGAUACAAUUUUUCGCUAGGCUUAGGUAAAAAUAAUACUUUUAGGUGUAAAUGAAUUUUAAUUUUUAAUUAUUGUUUUAUUUUCAACAAAAAAAAUAUAAUAUCGUUGAAUCGAAGGAAGAACUCUUGAAGAAGAAAAAUAUUGUUGAAUGUUCUUGGGAACCUUCAAACUUAAUAAUAUGUGUUUAUUUCAAAUUACGACUAUUUCGUUCUACGCAUUCAUAGUUUUUUUUUGUUAAAAAUAAUAAGAGUUUCAACAAUAACACAAAACAAAAACUUAGUGACAAAGCCUGAAGUGCACUUAGGAAUAUUUUUCUUCUUCCCCAUAACAAUCCAAAAAGAAAAAGAAAAAAAACUAAAGAAGAAAAUAGCGUCCAAUU